AUGAGUACUGCAAAAGCAGCGACGGAAUUCUGCCAGAGAACAACCGAGCUCCAAGCCAUUGUCGACAACUUUGCCCGUCUGAAAAAAGGUCUACGGGGUCCACGGAUUGCUCUCGAAACAGCAGCGGAGCAACCAGACGAGAAGGGAGCACUUCAGCUUUCAAAAGAAGAGAAAGGCCUUCAGCUUGCUGCUCAUAAAUGCGAAGCAAUUGCUAUUGGAUUAGCAACGGCUCUCGAUCGCCUCAGGUGCUCAUAUCCUGACCGAAAAUGGAAGAGCUUUCGUCAGGCAUUGAAGGCGCAAUGA